GCGUGAAACCCCGGCGGUCGGGGCGUUGGGGACCCACCGGCGUGUGCUGCGCCUGCGCCGCGGCUCUCCCGGCAGCGGGAGGCGGGGUCCAGAGCGGGAGGACGGAGAGCAGCGGGGGGAGGGAGGAGGCCGCAGGGGCCCGAGCCUGGACCGACGGGCAGGCGGGGGCUGCGGCGGCGCCGAUCCUCCCCAGUUUCCAUCAACUCCUCGGCUUGGCACUUGGCGCCUCACUGGCAGGAGAGGAGCGCUCCACGGGUGUCAGCUGCUAUUAGGCACUCGGACUGCCCCCCACGGCCCAUCGCCCCCCGUCCCCUGCCCCCAUCCCUGGCCCCGGGUACUAAGGAGCCGGUGUCGCAGCGGCCGGCCGGGGUGGGGUUGGCGGCGCGGGGGACGCCGAGCCCCCGCCAGCGCGGUGCGCCCUGUGCCCGCAGCGCCGGCGCCCCCCAUGCGCCAGGCGGCCGGACGGCGGCGUCGGGGGGCGCCAUGGCCUCGGCGGCGGCGGGCGAAGCGGAAGAGACCACCCGGCUGCGCAAGCCGCGGUUCUCGUUCGAAGAGAACCAGAUCCUGAUCCGGGAGGUGCGCGCCCACUACCCGCAGCUCUACGGCGCGCAGAGCCGUCGGGUGAGCGUGGCCGAGCGGCGGCGCGUGUGGGACGGCAUCGCGGCCAAGAUCAACGGCAUCACCAGCUGGAAGCGCACCGGCCAGGAGGUGCAGAAGCGCUGGAACGACUUCAAGCGCCGCACCAAGGAGAAGCUGGCCCGCGUGCCGCACUCCACGCAGGGCGCUGGGGCUACCGCCGAGGACGCCUUCUCUGCCGAGGAGGAGACCAUUUUUGCCAUCCUCGGGCCGGGUGUGGCGGGGCCAGGCGCUGGCGCAGGGGCGGAGCAGCCCCCAGCGGCGCCCCCCUCACAGCCACUGGCCCCAAGUGCCUACACCCAGCGCUAUGUGUUGUCCGAGGACCGCAGGGAAGACCGAGGGGCAGAUACACCAGCCCACAGCAAAGGGGGCUCCAGCAGCCCGGAGCCCUGGGCCCGGCCCUCCUGCCACCCCCAGGAAAGGGGCUGCCCACCGCCCAAGGAGCGUGAGUCCUCGCUCCCUCCAGCCCUGCAGACCGUCCAGCUGCCCCGUCUGGCCUUGUCUCCACCGCCCCCAGCCCCUCCAGCACCCCAGCCACCACCACAGGUUCAAGUGGCGCCCUCGCCCGCCAGCCCCUCACCCCCUCUCCUGCCUCUGCCCUCGGCCCCAGACCCCUCCCUGGACUUCCUGCGGGCGCAGCAGGAGACUGCCAACGCCAUCAGGGAGCUGGCUGGCACCCUGCGGCAGGGACUGACCAAACUGAGCGAGGCCCUCAGCGCCCUGCUGCCCCUGCUGCCUGGAACCCCCGUUGACCCACUGCCCCCACCUCCACCCCCACCCCCCAGGCCUGUCCUGCCUCCACCUACCCCCAAGGUGGAGAUCACCCCAGAGCCCGUGUCUGUGGUGGCUGCUGUCGUGGACCGGGCCAAGGUGGCAGCCAGGGGGGUGAUCAUCGCCCGUAGAAGCGAGGAAGGGACGCCCCGGCCACCCCCAACCCCUCCUCCUCCCCAUGACUCCCCCCCACACAAGAGGAGGAAAGGUUUUCCUACACGGAAGAGGCGAGGGCGAUGGAAAUCUCCGUGAAAUCGACCAUUGGAUUCAAGCUUGUCUGCACUUUCUGCCUGCACCACCUCUCCCAGCUUAGCCCGGCGGAGGAGGGCCAUGCACCUUCCCCGUGCCAGCUGCACCCUGGCUCCCUGCUGCAGGGGCGUGGGCACCCCACACCCCCACUCCCUGUACUAGUUAGUGCCUGAUUCGCGGGGGCCCUCGUUGAUGGGCCCCCCAGCCCUUUCUCCAGUACAGCGCUGUCUGCCUGGCUGCUUUCCUUAACCCUGACUUCUAAGCCAUCCAUUUUAGGUUAUUUCUUAUUGCCCUUGGUGGGCUGCAGAGGGAACCUCACGCCCCCUUCCCUAAUCACUCCUGGUUUGACUUGAAGAGAACUGAUCUGUGGGAGGCCUCCCCGCUUCCCAAUCCAGACUUUGGAGGGAGUGGGGGCUGCGAGACAAAUCAGAGCGUGGAUGACAAUGAGGGGACAGCAGUCUGUA